GGCUGAGGGUGCGACAGGUGAAGGAGGAGAGACAGGGAGGGAUUGCCCCCAAGAUAGACGGACUGACAGACAGACAGCGUUCAUGUCGUCUGCUACUCCAUGUUAAGACAGCUGUGAGGGCGAUGACUCACACUCCUCUCCUGAGUUAAAAACCUUCACCUCUAACCUCUGACCUCCUCCCCCUCACUCGCCAUGGCUGGGCUGGGAGCUAAGGACAUCCUGAGGAACGUGACAGCUCUGGAACAGCUGAUCGAGGAAAUUAACUUCCAGCGAGCCAAGGAGAUGAGGCAGUGUCUCAUGUCCAAGGAUGAUACAGGGUUCGUGAUGGUGCAAGGGACCACAUAUUGGACAGACCUAUUUGUGCGGCACUUUCUCUUCCAAACGGAUCGGUCCACAGAUGCUGAUGACUUGUUAUUUUUUAUCCGAAAGAAACAGCUUAAAGGUUCUCGGUAUAUUCCAAAGUACCAGACUGAGGUAGAAGUGUAUAGGCGUGACAGCAGGAAGCUUCCCAUUGGUGAUCCUGACAUAGAUUGGGAAGAAACUGUAUACUUGAAUCUCAUAAUCCACCAAUUCGACUACACCCUUACACUAGCUGUAUGUACUCGUACAAGCCCAAAGGACCUGCAGGUGCUCCGACGACACUCUCAGAAAGUGUAUGCAAGUCCCAGUAGGCGCCGCAUGGACACCAAGGGAGAAGUUGAGGAAAUAACAUACCCUAGUGUAUGCUUCCACGUUGAUAACUUUGAUGAAGUAUUUGCUGACAUGUUAGUACGUGAUGGAGAGAUGGUUUGCGUUGAACUGGUUGCCUCAGAUCACGCUGGAACGCGUCAGGCUGUCAUAUUUUUAGGGUCAAUCAGAUAUGAUGCUCUGAAACGAGUGUACGAUGCCCGGGCAAGUUUGAGUAGCAAGGUGGCUCAGAGGAUGAUGAUGGGACUCUUUGCCGGGAACAGCAACCAGCGCAUAGAAUUUGUGCGCAUGAAGGGACCACAAGGGAAGGGCCAUGCAGAAAUGGCUGUGACCAAGCCAAAAGGUUCAGGCGUAGAGACUCCAACCUCUGAGCCCGGUGUGAGUUUAACAGACAUGUGGGAUUCUGACUGGGAUGACGAGCCGGAGGAUAGGUUCAUCUAUCGGCACCAGCGCCGACUGAGUGACCCAAGUGCCAACUUCAACACUUUCAUCAACUCUGGUUGGAAGUCUCGUUCUGAGGGAGCCAGGUCGCGCUCUGAGAAUGAGGGGCUUGAUAUUUUUGCUGAUGGCCUUUACGAAAUUGAGUCAGGAGAUGUGCGAGAUGAACUGGAUGAUGGAGCCUAUAACCCACUCUGGACAACCAAAGGCUUCACACAAACUUUCCAUUUCUGGAAGGAAUCCCGCAGAGCCCAGUCAGUUCCUCUCAAUGCGUAUCUCACUUACGUCACAUUACCCUGGUUCACUAUCAUUACAGAUAUUCUUGACCAUCGAACUGGCCCUAUCCUUACUUUCUAGCACGUAUAGAGGUCUGUCUUCAUCUGAGUCUAAUACAGUUUAUAUGAGAAAUAUCUGGUGUGAAACAAAAGCCUGUGCGUAUCAUUUGAUUUUCUUCAGCUGUAAUAGAUAAUGGAAGAAAGUUAUAUUACUUUGUGAUUUGGAUUUCCUUUUUUUCUUGAAGAAAGAAAAACGAGGCUUAGCUUAUUUAUCUUAGAAACAAUCUUUCACAUAUAUCAUAAGAUUGCCUUGCCACAAGCCUCUGUAAUGUUAGCUAAAAGUGGUCACAAUUCCAGCUCUUCAUAAGUUGAAUGCUUUUGCUAAAAGGGAAAGGAAAAAACAGUCAUCAUCACCAGUAUUUCUCAUAAAAACCUCAGUUGGAAAUUAAAAAGCAAAUGAACUCAAACAAAAUGGAAAAGUGUUUUUGUAUAAUUCCAUGUUAUUAGUUUUAUAUGAUGUUUUUGGAAGGGUUAUUAGCUCGAAAUCUCCAGUAUUUUACAUGUACAUUUUAAGAUUUAUGUUAUUUUGGCAGCUCUGUGCUAUAUUUAAAACUGUGAUUAAUUUUUUAUGCUUGUGUGGAAAUAUGUGAUCUUAAAGAGGAUGACAAAAGCAAUAUAUGUUCUUUAUUUUGUAAAGAGAAAGUUUAAUUUUUUGUAAAAGAAGUAAAGGUGUGGAGAAGAGUGUUGUUCCAAAAAUAUUGCAUCACCUGUAAAAGGAAAACUUAUUAGAAGAUUUGAAAUAAACAGAAGUGUAUAGAUGUAGCAGCAGAAUAAGUGUAAGUGUGUUGAACAGAAAUAGAUAAACUCUGUGUAUUGAAAAAUGGUCUUGAAAUGUAACAGUGUUUGAUGCCAUCUGUAGAUUUUUAAUCCAAUAGGAGACAAAAGCAGGGAAUGAAACAAAGUGAUAUUUAAGUUAAGGGAAAACUCCUUGCUUAUCUGCAUUUUGUGAUGCAUUUGAGAAUGGCUGCCAGUAACCCCUGCAUGCACCUCUAACAUUUAGGAACCAUUUCGGGCAUUACCAUGAUGCUAAUCUAUUUCCCAUAAAACCAAAGUCGAUUCAGAAUCUGAUUCUGUGCUCAUGUUCUAGUCAGUGGUAAGCUUUCCGUUGCCUUGUCUAUUUCAAGUUCUUUACCUUAUGA